AUGGCCAGGGCAAUGACCGCACCAACCUACUUGCAGAAGAGCAAUAGCAACGGCAGGCGAAUUAAAUCAAAUGCUGAAAGUGUGGGGGACUCCGGAACGGACAAUUACAGGGGAUUGACCGUUUUGCGUAUCACAAAGUUGGCGGGGGAGAAGGGUAAAAUGGCAAAGCGUUCGACCUCUCGACCAGCAGCGGAAACUAUGGGCUCUAUAGCUGCACCACUUGCGCAGAGGAAUUGGCCAAAAAGAGCUCAAAAGUGUGCCGAGUACAGACUUAAAAGCAGGAUCACACACUACGACAAGGACGUCGAUAGGGAAAUGAAGGGGAAUGGGAAGAAGGGGAUGUAUGUACGUGAGGAGAAUAAGGAGGCAAUUAGGGGUGGCGUCGAGCGAACCUCAGAGCAACAGCACCAGAUGAGCAGCUGGCAACCUUUCUACGACGGGGAUAGUUCGAAAUAA